AUGGAAAUCAGUGCUCUGCCGCCGAUGCCCUUGGACUUCUCUAUGGUGAGGAACGGCGCCGGCUCGCCUGGUGUACGCGAGGGAUCCCCGAGGCCGGUGUCGAACAGCGCUUUCAGGGUUGUUACGCCUAAAGGUGUAACGGCCAGCGAAGCACUACGCAACGGCAUCUGCCAGUCGCUAUGGGGCUCGUCAGUCCCUCGUCCGGAGCCAAGGCACGCUUCUCCUCCCCCACCACAGAGCCACGAUUCGUAUCACAUCAGAGAAGAGAUAAAAUUCGGUAUCAAUCGACUGGUUGGCGAUCGGAACGAGGAGGAAGAGGACGAAACACAUAACACUGAAGCAACGAGACCGGAGAAUGUGACGCCGAAUUCGCGCUGCGGUAGCCCUUGCUGGGCGCCAUCGCCGCAGUCGCCGCGUUCCAUCCGCUCCAGUUCUCCAGAGCUCGAAGUAGACUCCCCGCCGUCUUCACCUAGAAGACCACCCGAUUCGUCACCCCCUCUAAAAAGGUCCGAAGCGUUCUCCGUCAGCGCUCUGUUAAGACCUGACGCCCCGAGGGUUCAACCGCAGAGACCUUUCCUUUACCCACCACUGCCGUUCGCGGAGUUCCUCAGAGACGCAGGCAGCCUAGGCCUGCCCGGAUGGGGGGGAUACAGCAAUUUAUAUCUUCACGCCGUCCAAGCGGCUGGACCGGAGCUGCUUCGGUUGCGCGCCGCCGUUCUGGGAGCACCGAGCCCCUUGACCAGACCGCUGCUCAACGGCGACGUAUACUCCUGCGUUAAGUGCGAGAAGAUGUUCAGUACGCCGCACGGCUUGGAAGUGCACGCCCGAAGGUCCCACAACGGGAAGAGGCCGUUCGCCUGCGAGCUGUGCAGCAAGACUUUCGGACACGAAAUCAGCCUCAGCCAGCACAGGGCUGUGCACAGUGUGGAAAAGGUUUUUGAGUGUAAGCAAUGCGGGAAAACUUUCAAGCGCUCCAGCACGCUCUCCACACAUCUUCUGAUACACUCCGACACCAGGCCUUAUCCCUGUCAGUACUGCGGCAAGAGGUUCCAUCAGAAGUCCGACAUGAAGAAACAUACGUACAUCCACACAGGCGAGAAGCCGCACAAAUGCCAGGUGUGCGGUAAAGCGUUCAGCCAGAGCUCGAACCUGAUCACGCACUCGCGAAAGCACACCGGCUUCAAGCCGUUCGCCUGCGAGCUCUGCGGCCGCGCGUUCCAGCGGAAGGUGGACCUCAGGCGGCACAGGGAGACCCAGCACGCCGACCUCAGAGCACCCCAGAGCCAUCUGCCCCCGCACACGGACGUCCACGCGAUGCACCCGCAGGAGAUCCACGGAGUCGAUCACCGAAUAGAUCUUCGUCCCCCCCACCCGGAUCUGCGUCAGCACCCCGAGUUCAGAGGCCACAUGGCGACCGGCGUGCCACCCUUGCAGCCUCUGCCCUCC